CAUUUAUGGUAUGCAGCUGUUUUGCUUUUUGCUUCUUCUUUUUGUAGUUUAAUUUGACACAUUCUGAUGUAACAAUGGUUCCCCUGAACCAUGAACGGUAAACUGAAUCAUCCACGUAAUUUGUCUGUGUAGCAUACUGUGACAUGAAUGUAUACAAUGUAAUUUUUUGUUGUUGCUUGUAACACCCGCCCCUUUAUGUAUCGAUUCUGUCAUCCAAUGAGCGAGUGUAAAUGUGAGAAUGGACCAAUACAGAGCGUGCAUCACGGAGGUGUUCCGCUUUCCCAGAAAUACUUGACAGAUUCUACUUCAGAUUGAGAGAAUUCAAGAUGGCUGCUCCAGGUUCCAGGUAAGGGCUCACUCCCCCGGAUCCCCAGUGCAUGAAGUUCUCCUGUUGUUGAAGGAUCUCAGUGCUGCCUCCCUUGCUCUUCUUGCCUGUCAUUAUGUCCUCAAACUCUUCCUCCUGCUCCUCCUCGGGAGAGACUAGUCCGGAGGACGUGCCCCGAGGUGGGGGCACCAUCCGUGUCUUCCUCCCCAAUCAACAGAGGACCGUGGUGAAUGUUCGCCCUGGGCAGACCGUUUAUGACAGUUUGGAUAAAGCCCUUAAAGUAAGGGGCCUGAGCCAGGACUGUUGCGCUGUGUUUCGACUCCUAGAAGGUCGCAAGAGACUAACUGAUUGGAACACUGACAUCACCCCACUGGUAGGAGAAGAGCUGCUGGUAGAGGUGUUGGAUGAUGUCCCCCUCACCAUGCAUAACUUUGUACGAAAAACCUUCUUUAAGUUGGCCUAUUGUGACUUCUGUCACAAGUUUCUGUUCAACGGCUUCAGAUGUCAGACAUGCGGCUACAAGUUUCACCAGCACUGCAGCAGCAAAGUCCCCACUGUGUGUGUGGACAUGGACACUAUAACAAAACGGUGCACACCUAAUCCUUGCCCAGAUGAGUACCCUCAGAUAUCCAUACUGUUGCCAGACAACUCCAUAUCCCAGAGCGACAUAGCCUUAACCCCGGAUCCUUCUGGGCACGGACUACUGUCCCCAACCUCGGCCUUCCGGUUCCCUCUGCCAGGUGGAGAUGGUCAGUCCCUACAGAGGCAUCGGUCCACCUCCACCCCCAACGUCCACAUGGUCAGCACCGUGGGCCCUGCCGGUGUCAGCAUCAUAGAGGAUGCGUUAAAAAUACAAAACAAUACAAUGGUUCCUGAACCAUCACCCAAACCCUCUACCAGCCCGCCCUCCCUGGGCUCCCCUGGCAGGAGACCCCCCAAAUCCCCCUCAGAGCACAAGGAGCGCAAGCCCUCCUCAUCUGACGACAAAAAGAAAGUGCACCGUGGCGGCUAUAGAGACUCAAGUUACUACUGGGAGGUCCACUCGCGAGAAGUCAACAUCCAGAAAAGGAUAGGUGCAGGCUCCUUCGGGACUGUCUUCAAGGGCAAGUGGCACGGAGACGUGGCCAUCAAGAUCCUCAAAGUGACAGAGCCAACACCUGAGCAGUUGCAAGCCUUUAAAAAUGAAAUGCAAGUGCUACGAAAGACACGCCACGUCAACAUUCUGCUGUUCAUGGGCUUCAUGACUAAGCCUAAUUUUGCCAUCAUCACACAGUGGUGUGAGGGCAGCAGCCUGUACCGCCAUCUGCACGUCUCUGAGACCAAGUUUGAGACCAUGCGUCGCAUCGACGUGGCCAGGCAGACAGCACAGGGCAUGGAUUAUCUUCAUGCCAAGAAUAUAAUUCAUCGAGACCUGAAAUCAAACAACAUCUUCCUCCAUGAGGGCUGGACUGUGAAGAUCGGGGACUUUGGGCUGGCAACGGUGAAGUCUCGAUGGAGUGGCUCUGAGCAGGUAGAACAGCCCAGCGGCUCCAUUCUGUGGAUGGCUCCUGAGGUGAUCCGGAUGCAGGACGCCAACCCUUACACGUUCCAGUCAGACGUGUACGGCUACGGGGUGGUGCUGUUUGAGCUGAUGUCGGGGACUCUGCCUUAUUCCCAGAUUAACAACCGAGACCAGAUACUCUUUAUGGUUGGGCGUGGCUACUUGUCUCCAGACCUCAGUUUGCUGUCCAGUAGCUCACCCAAGUCCAUGAAGAGGCUCAUCAUUGACUGCCUGAAGUUCAAACGUGAUGAGAGGCCCCUCUUUCCACAGAUCAUGUUAGGCAUUGAGCAGGUCCAGGACCUGUUGCCAAAAAUUGAGCGGAGUGCCUCGGAGCCCUCCCUCCACCGGGCUGUCCAUGCGGAGGAACUGAACCCACUCCUGUUCCACACCACUCGGCUGAUGCCCCUGUGAGCUCUGCCAAGCCAGGCCGAGGAGUUGUCUGUCCUUCUGUCUGAGGGAAGAGACCAUCACCACUGACGCCAACGCUGGCUGCAUUACUCCCAUGAGAGCGAGUCCACAGACAGCUGCCCAUCUAAACACCCCCAGGACUGUGUCCCAAAUGGCACUCUUCCCUCCAUAGUGCACUACUUUUGACCUGGGCCCUAUGGGCCCCGGUCAAGGUAAUGCAGUAUAAGGUGAAUCGGCUGCUGUUUGGGACGCAACCCAGCAUUCCCCUUCCUCUGGCACUGGUUGGGGCUCCUACAGACAACACCACCACCACCAAAUGUAACCCCUCCUCACGCCGACACUCCACAGCACAACCCCCUGAGCCCUCAGACUCUCCCUACUACACAUCAGAACCACACAGCUCCCCUCCCUCUCCCCCUGCUCACAGGCCUAGACACACUGGAACACAUGCUGGCCUGGCCUGGUCAGAACCCCUACAUUCCUAUACUGUCACUCUACUGGCCAGGCCAUGUCAGAACCCCUACAUUCCUAUACUGUCACUCUACUGGCCAGGCCAUGUCAGAACCCCUACAUUCCUAUACUGGCCUGGCUAUUGAUUUCUCAAGGCUGCUUUUAAGUGCGGGACGCAAGACUUUGUAGUCACGUCAGUGUUUUGCGCUUUUGAGUGCAAACGAUGAAAGAGAAAUGCUUACAGAACAACAAUGGCAUGCACAGAAGAUGACUUUCACUUGGUUGUUGUGACCAUAUUUUAAGUUAUUGGUCCUUUUGGUCCCAUAAUGUUUUGGUUAAUCAUAGUGUCGUCGUGCAGUCUUAGGAUAUGACCAUGAAUAAGCUGCUAUACAACAUGGAUUUGAAAUGCCACUGUCGAAGACAAGCAGUUUGGGACUCAAGUUAACGGCGGCAUCAAAUGUGUACGGCACCAUUUUAAUAGACACAGCAGGGUCGUAUUUAUUAGUGCACACCAAAGCAAAACUUUUUGCAACGGAAAUACGAAAACAAGAGCUUCUUAUUGGACAUGGUUAGGUAGUCCCUCCCUGUUUCAGUCCAUUUUCUUUCAUUUGGUGCCUAGUUAAUAUGACCCAGACCCGUAUAAACCUUUGCAUUGUUUCCAGUGAAUACAUAGGCUAGUUUAGCCCAGAGGCCUUCUGUAUGGCCUGAAACCUGUAGUCUUAACAAGUAAAGAGUAUUCUCAAUGCUUUACAUGCUUAAAGUCAGCUUGACUCUACAUUGCACCAUGGACAAGCACGUGUGCUAGCAAAUCUGGUUGAAACAAGCUGCCUUACUUAUAUGUAGUUGCUUUUUGCUCAUUGUGACACAUGAAGCUUACUCAUUAUCAAUCACGUGACACCUAGUUUAUCUGAAUCCUGCUUUCAAUAUAACUUUUAUGGGGGUAUAAUAACUUGAAAAUGUCAAUGUUUGGAACGUUUGUUUUCUUAAUUCCUGAUUGUAUUAGCUUUUACACUUUGACUGGCCUUUAGGAAAUGGUAGCCUUUAACUUAAAUGAAUGACUUCUCCUCUUCCUGCUUUCAAUUGCUGUUGAUCGUGGGUUGCUACUUCAAUUGAGUGUUGUACCUAGUGAAAGAUGGUUGGUUGCUUGCUUGGUAUUAACAGUGAUUAGCCUAUUGCCCUCAGACUCAACUCUGGACCCCGAAGCCAGUUCCAUUGUUUUUUUUUUUUCAUUGUUCCCCUCUAAUCAGGGACUGAUUUAGACCCGGGACACCAGGUGGGUGUAAUUAAAGGUAGGACAGAAAAACAGAAGGUUCCGGGACGUAGGGUAAGAGUUGAAUACCCCGGGCCUAUUGGUUUCCUCCUCCUUUCAGUGAAAGUGCAUUGAUGGUUAUUUUGAGUGAGGCUUUUUCAAUUGAUACUAAGUAGAUUGCUCCAUGGUGCAACUGGGAUGGGAUGACUGUUAUUUGUUGCUGCAUACUGGUUACAACGAGGGGCAGAUUUGAAUCAUCAAUGGUAACUUGUUAUUUUUUGUGUCAUGCUUAAUUUGAACUAAUCGUAACUGUGAUUUUAACCCAUAAGGGGUCUGUUUUUGGUCUUAUGUAUGCUGGAAAUGGCUUGGACAGUAGAGGGCGUGAUUUCGUAAUACUGUAUUUGACACGAUCAAUUUAAAUUAGUGCAGAGUGUAUUGUGGGGUGAUGGUUACUGAACAAACAAUAACUGACUUGUUUUUUUUUUUUACUAUAAAAAGCAGAUAUACAGGUUUUUAACCUAGAUGUUUUAAUGUUUUCAAGAGGGGCUGGGUACCCUAUUGUUAUUUACUCAUUCCAAUUAUGUUGGCUUGUGUGAAUAGGUUUGACUUGGAGAUUUUGGUAGACAAGGGUUGGGAAAGACUACAUUUCUCAUUUUAUUUAUUGAUGUUAUUGUCAUUGCAGAUAGCGGUGUGAUACAUCUGCUGUCAUGGACCUUUUGGUGGAUUAAAUGUUUACUGAGUGAUAAGAGCUCACUCUUUGCAGCAUUUAAAUCAUGGAUGGUUUGGGUUCUCUAACCUAGCGGAAUGUACUUUCAAGACAUGGUACUGUCUCAACCUACUCUAAUUGAGCUUCAGAUUUCUGAUACUCUGUCAUGCAAGUGCAUUUAAUUGGAUUACAUUUUCCUCUGCAACUCUAACUUCACCCAUGGCUGUAGUGAGCACUGCAUUAUUUACUGGGGUGGAAUAAUGUGGUAUAUACCCCACUGAGGUGGUGUGUAUAUACCCCACUGAGGUGGUGUGUAUAUACCCCACUGAGGUGGUGUGUAUAUACCCCACUGAGGUGG